CCUGUGUUGAACUGUUGAUUCCCCUGUCCUCUCUGUAUUCUAAUAAGUGAGGGUUCCUACAAUGGCGGAUUCUGGAGAUUCACAUGAUUUGCAGGAGUUUCUGAAGCCCUUCAAUGAAAGAGCCUCUGACGCAGAGGGACGCCUAUCAAGACUUGAAGCCUUGCUUGCCUCCAAGAAUGUUGGCAAUCCAGCUGCUGCGAACGAAGAUUUGUCAAAGAUUGUAAGUGAGCUCCAAAAAAAGCUAGAUGAUGCAAAGGCUGCGAUAGUACUGGAGCGUGAGCGAGCUUCCCAAGAGAUUCGGAAGCUUGCUGCUGAAAAUGCAAAGCUCCAAUAUCGAAUAACCCAUUUGGUUCGGGCAUUGACUGAGGCAAAUUGCAAGUUGGAGAAUCAAACUAGAUGAGGAUUUACAAGGAAAUAACUGAAUGAAGUUUCUGAUUCUUGAAGCAUUUGCAUCGAAGAUGUUGAAAUAGGAGGAAGAUGUACUUGAAUGAGAAUUCUGUCACAGUAUCAGUUGGGCAAAAUAUCCA